UGCACUCAUUACUUUAAGUGAAUUGUGGGGUGUCUAAUUCUAUGGACUUCUCAUCUCCAUAUUAUUUUGCAGAAAGACCACUGCCAUUGAAAUUCAAAGAGGUAGAAGAAAGUGAAGACUCUGAACUUUUAGAGGGAACUUCAAAGAUGUUAACUCGCAACGAAAAUAGAGUAAGACGAGUAUGGAAUCGAAGAAAAAUGAAUUCACAGCCAACUGACAAAUACUGGGAUUUUCGGGGAAGCGAAAAAAAUUAUAUAAAGUAUGGAGCAUGGGUAGUUGAAGAAAGCAUCUCCCUUUUUCAUGGUAAGGCGAGUCCUAUUCGCCAUUUCUCGGUUGAUGAUCUUAACAAGAUGAAUGUGGAAAAAUGUUCUUAUUAUCGAGAGGGUUUCCAAGACUUGUAUCGUGGUAUUUGGGAGGGAAUAGUUGUAUUGGUAAAGAAGCCUGAUGUAGCUGACAAUCGGAAAGAGUAUUUUUUGCGGGAAAUAGUAGUUGCCACACAGAUGGUUACUCAUAAUAAUUCCCACAAAAUAUUAGGAUGUUGUCUUGAAACUGAAUGUCCUGUUCUUGUUUAUGAAUGGAUGGCACAUGGAACUCUUGAGGAUUGUAUAUAUGUAAGAGAAGAGAAUUGCCAAAACAAACUAGUAUUAGAGUGGAAGGACAGGCUAAGGAUUGCUUGGGAAAUAUCUCAUGCGGUUGCCUAUCUUCACGCUGCUUUUCCGAGGCCCAUCAUCCACGGGCACUUGACACCUAUCAAUGUGUUCUUGGACAAGGACAACACUGCCAGAUUAUCCGACUAUAGUCUUUCUAUAUCGAUACCAGAGGGUGAAGAAUUUGUUGAAAUAGAUCGGAUACCAGGGAGUAUUGGCUAUAUGGCACCUGAAUACCACCAUGGCAAAGUAGCAGAGAGCGCAGAUGUGUAUUCAUUUGGUAUGCUUUUUCUCAUGCUCUUGACAGGAAAGAAGCCAUAUGAUUAUUACACUGAUGUAAUUACAGGAGAGACAUAUGAUAUAGUGACUGAGUUACGUACUUGGGUGCAGAAUGGUGUAAAAAACAAGCCUAUCAGCAACAUUGUAGAUCCUGCAAUUACUAGAACCACAGUAACAACCACUGAAGACCUCCAGCUGAGAGCAUCUAUAGAGCUUGCGAUCAGGUGCAUCGCAGUAAAAGGAAACCACAGACCAACGAUGGUGGGAGUUGCAACUGAGCUCAAGAACAUGAUUACAUCGACUAAGGAAGAGUGCAUCUACAGAAAUUUCCAAGGAAGCAAAGAGAAUUUUAUAAAUAAUGAAGCUACUGUACUUGAAGAAAGCAUUUCCUUUUAUCAUGGUAGAAUGAAUCCUAUUCAUUACUUCUCAGUUGAUGAGGUCAACAACAUGAAUGUGGAGUUAUGGCAUAAAUGUUGUGAUAUGUACCAAGGUUCUUGGGAGGGGAGAGCUAUUCUGGUAAAGCUACCAGAAAGCGAACUAAGGGGUCCCGCAUCUUCUAAUGAAAUUCGAUUAAAGGUUUCGCGUGAAAUUGUGGUUGCUACACAAAUGGCUUCUCAUGAUAAUGUCCAUAAAUUACUAGGAUGUUGCCUUGAGACUAAAUUUCCGAUUCUUGUUUAUGAGUGGAUGGCAGCUGAAACUCUUGAAGAUCGUAUAUUACUCAAAGAUGAGAAGCAUAACAAGCUACCUCUAUUAGAGUGGAAGGACAGGCUAAGGAUAGCAGGGGAAAUAUCUCAUCUUAUAUCUGAUUUUCACACAGCUUAUCAUAGGCCUAUCAUCCUUCGGAACUUUGAACUGGAUAAUGUUUUCUUGGACCAAGACAACACUGCAAAAUUAUCCAACUUCAGUCGUUGUGUUUCUAUUCCUAUCGGUGGGGAAUUAUUGGUAGAAGAUUUUGGAAAAGAAAACAGGGAUUCAAAAUGGGUGGCACCUGAAUAUCAACAUCCUGGAAGAGUGGCAGAAAGUAUAGAUGUUUAUUCAUUUGGUGUGCUUUUGCUUGUGCUCUUGUUUGGAACUAUAUUGCUAGAUACCCAUAUGAAUUUAUGUAUGUGGGCAUUGCAAUGCUUCAAAGAUAACCGCAUUAGCGAGAUUCUAGAUCCUGCAAUUGCUAGAAAAGGGGUGACAAGAAUUGAAGACCACCAGCUGACUGCAUGUAUACAGCUCGCAUUCAUGUGUAUGGCAAGAGAAGUUUACAAUAGACCAACUAUGGUGGAGGUUGCAACUAAGCUCAAGAAUAUGAUUCAAUCCUCUGUAUCUAUCCCUACUACCAGUCUUUUACAGGGAGAGGGCAUAUGCCAGGUUUUCCGAAGAAGCACAGAAGACAUUGUAAGGAACGAAUCUAUGGUACUUGCAGAAAGCACUUCCUUGUUUCAUGGCAGAGUAGACCCUAUACGUUACUUCUCAGUUGAUGAACUUAACAAAAUGAAUGUGGAGUUUUACAUUAAUGAGGAGUUGUCUAUAAACAAUCUUGAUACGUGGUCCGAGGAAUUGUACAUAAACAAUCUUAAUACAUGGUCCUGGCUAAAACAUUUUUCAUGGUAUCAAGGUUCUUGGGAAGGAAGAGCUGUCUUUGUAAAGCUAUCGAGUGGUUUAUUUAAGGAUCCAACAUCUGCUAAUAAGUUCUUAAAGAUGCUAUCGCGUGAAAUUGUGGUUGCUACACAGAUGGCUGCUCAAAAUAAUGUCCAUAAACUACUAGGAUGUUGCCUUGAGACUAAAUUUCCAAUUCUUGUUUAUGAGUGGAUAGCAGCUGAAACUCUUGAAGAUUGUAUAUUAUUCAGAGAUGAGAACCAAAAUAAGCUACCUCUAUUAGAAUGGAAGGACAGGCUAAGGAUCGCAUGGGAAAUAUCUCGUGUUGUUUCUGUUUUUCACACAACUUUCCAUAGGCCUAUCAUCCUUAGGAACUUGGAACCUGAUAAUGUUUUCUUGGAUGAAGACAAAACUGCCAAAUUGUUCAACUACAAGUAUUGUGUUUCCAUUCCAGAGGGUGAAAAAUAUGUGGUAGAACAUCUUGAAGAAGAGACCAGUAAUUCUCAAUGGUUGGCACCUGAAUGUCGUCAUUAUGGCAGAGUGGCAGAGUGCGCAGAUGUGUAUUCAUUUGGCGUGCUUUUUCUUGUGCUCUUGACAGAAAAGGAUGUCAUUGCUGAUCAUCAGGGGACUCAUAUAGUUAAAUGGGUAACAGAAAAAGUCAGAGACAAGCGCAUUGGUGACAUUGUAGAUCCACAAAUGAAUACAAACGGUGUGGCAAAUACUGAACUGAGUGGAGCUAUAGAGCUUGCACUUAGGUGCACAGAAACUGAAGAAGGCAGUAGGCCAACCAUGGUGGACGUCGCAACGGAGCUCUACAACAUGAUCAAAUCCUCUGAAUCUAUCCCUAUUACCACUAGUACUGGUGUCUAAAUUUUCCAUGCUACAGAGCAGCCUUAAAUUUGAUUGAUUGAUACUGCAUCUUAAUGUGCAGAAAGAACUUGAUCCAUGUUAGGAUACUCACUAAUUUCUUAAAAUGACAAAAAAUGUCCUUGUGGUCCCAA